ACCGCCGCCUCCAGCCUUCAGCACCGCCCGCCCCGGACGCGGCUGCCGCCGGCGGGACGACGAGCCUGGCCCCGGACGCACCAUGAGCAGCCUCCCCGCCGAGCGGGAGGGCGGCCCCGCCGACACCGGCCUGCCCGAGGAGGAGGUGAGGACACUCUUUGUUAGUGGGUUGCCUCUGGACAUUAAGCCCCGGGAACUUUACCUGCUCUUCAGGCCCUUUAAGGGGUAUGAAGGGUCUCUCAUCAAACUCACCUCCAAGCAGCCCGUGGGCUUUGUCAGCUUCGACAGCCGCUCCGAGGCAGAGGCAGCGAAGAACGCGCUGAACGGCAUCCGCUUCGACCCCGAGAUCCCCCAGACGCUGCGGCUGGAGUUUGCCAAGGCCAACACCAAGAUGGCCAAGAGCAAGCUGGUGGGCACCCCAAACCCCAGCACGCCUCUCCCCACUGCCGUACCUCAGUUCAUCGCCCGCGAGCCCUAUGAGCUCACAGUGCCUGCACUUUACCCCAGUAGCCCUGAAGUGUGGGGGCCGUACCCCCUGUACCCAGCGGAGUUAGCACCUGCUCUACCUCCUCCUGCUUUCACCUAUCCCGCUUCGCUGCACGCCCAGUACCGAACAACCCAUCCACUCCCUUGAGCAUCGCUGGGAUGCGGCUUGCUGGAUGCGGGGUGUGAAGCAAAGCGACUCUGAGGAGAGGGAAAGCGAGGCGCAAAUGGAGGACCCAUCUUUUAUUGACAAGUGCUUUUCUGUUGGCUGUCCCGAUGGUAGCACGUGGAUGUUAAAAAUUAAGCACCUACCCAGCGGAGAAAAGAAGUGGAAAUGGAGGCGGUGGAGGAUUUCUUUGCAGUGCCAGCCUUUGGGAUGUUUCCUGUAGUGGCAUCACAGGGAUGCUGGGAAGAGAUGCCUGCCAUGGAGGGGGGGGACAGCUGCCUCCCCAGCAGCCAUGCUGGACAUUAUCCCAGCUUGUGCUCCUCAGCUCCAGCUUGGCGGUGAGCAGGAGGAAAUGAGCACAUGGAAACAGAUUUGCCGGAUAAGCCACAUCCGAAAGUCUUGAACCGGGUUAUCCGGAGCCACCAUCGCUGGAGCCAGAGACAGCCGGGGGCUGCUUUGAGCAGGAGGGCGAGGAAAAGCGAUCCAUGUACAAACCAUCCUCAGCCUCUGGAUGAAACUCCAGGUUUUCGGGCCCUGCUGUUUGUAGGAAGAGCGGCGGUAAAUAUUAUUGCAGUGACGUACUUGCCUUGUCAAGUAAGCACUAACAGGCAGCACCUGCGCUGCUCGGGAGGCUGGGGAAAUGGCCAGCAGAGGAAAUGGAGACGUAAGAAGGCUCCAAGGGCUCCUGGGAAAAUCCAUGCUGAGAACCGAUGUUAGAUGCUGAGACUAUCCUCACUUGGUCCUGCUGCAAGCAGCAAUGCCACAGGCUGCAUUCAGCCCCAGCAAGUGUCAUCAUCCCAACCAGAGCUGGGAUGUGCUGCGUGUGUUUUGACCUUCUCCUCGGGGAAGGCUGGGAAAAGGGAGCCCAGAGGAGCUUCGUGCCAGGGUGUGCGGCCACCACCCCUCUCACCUCGCUGCCCCUCUUGUCUUUGCAGAUGCGCUGGCUCCCUCCCUCCGAGGCUGGUUCUCAGGGCUGGAAGUCCCGUCAGUUCUGCUGAAUGCCGGGUCUCAGGUGUGUGAUGGUGGCCUACAGUCAGUCUUGUGGGUAUUAAUGGAGUCUUCCAAGGUGGCUACUGGGUUGGCAUGCUCUCUGCAAGACCACAGUGUGCUGGCUUGAAAAAAACCACAAACAAAAAACCUCACACAAGUUUGGAUUCCUCCAAGACUUUCCCACAGCCUCUAUCACACAUCUGCUCUCCUAGAAGAAAAGCGAAAAGCAUACCUAGUAAUAAUAUUUUCCUCUUUUACACUGUAUAUUUGUAAGAAAGAGUGUGUUACUUCUGAAAGCAUGGUUUGACAGGCAUUGCUGUAGUGUUUGAAAAGGCUCUUCAAACAGAACCAUAGGAAAGCAGACUAAGAAAAAAAAAACCCAACAAAAAAACCAACAAAAGGGCAAAACAAGAGCAAGUAUUUUUGUACCAAACAGAACAAUCUUAGACUGACUGGGUCAGACCACAAGUUUUGUGCUUGACUUUUGAAUGUGUGUCAUUAGGAGUCUGUAUCCCCUUGCCCCGUCAACUGCAUGUCAAAGGCAUGAUGCUCACGUGUGUGCAGAUGUCAAGAUGCACAAUUUGGGUGUGAAGGAAUCGUGCUCCCUCUGGCAUAGGAAUUGUGCUCUGGCUGCGUGGGCAAGACAUCUGCGGACACUGACAGUAUUACUGUUUUCUUCCCAGUUGUACCAAAUGACAACCAGGCAGGACAAUCAGAAACUUUCUUAUGGUGAUUUGUUUUUUACCUUAGGGCUAUGUUAAUAGCUUGCUGUGCAAAGCUUUGGCACGGUACAACGGGCUCAGAUCAGGGAUGGGCAGAGACAGCCCACAUAUGUAGCAAGGUGACAAUUUGCCUCCUCCUCCUCCUGCUGUGACUGCUUGAAGUUACAGGCAAUGUAAACUGCUGUAUGAGAAAAAACAAACGACAAGCCAUUGGUUUGCCAGCUUACUCGAGGUUGGGCAUGAGUCCUGAGCGAGCUGAGGGGCAAGAGACCGCUUGACAUAUCAGUCUCUCCCUCUCCUUGCUCCAGGAGGAAUUCGGGAAGAACAAAGCAAACCAAAACCUCAAAGAGAUUUCGGUUUCUUGCAAAAGGAGGUGCAAAACUUCUCCUUCCAUUGCCUCUCCCCCCAACCCCGUCCCCGCUGCAGGGCACACUGAGCUUCGCCGUAGCCCGUUUCCCAGCUGCACUGAAGACAUGGGGUGCCCGUGGCCUUGUUAAAUGCAUCAUAACCUUUUUCUUCCUCCCUCCUUUUAUUCUGUGGGUAGGCUGAGAUUUUGGCUGCUGGAGCCGGCGCAGGGUGUUGGGUGAAGUGGUGAGGUGGGAAACUGUCCUGUUGGGGUCUUCUGUAAGAAAUGGGAUUGAUACAGGCGAUGCAAGAAGAAAUCAAUUCCAAGACAAACCCCUGAGUGGCUCUAAAAGGAAUGAUAUCAGCAUUUCCAAGCGAUGGACUGACUCUUUUAGCAAACUAUUUCCUGUACUUUGUCUUGUGGAGAGGAGAGAAGCAUCCACAUUGUCUACUCCGCUUUUGGGAAUGUGUUUAAAGGUACUUUUCUAUUGUAAUUUUUUAAUAAAUGAAACCAGUGAUUAUUAUAA